AUGUCCAGGUUUGUGGUUCGCAUCCACCGCCCUCCUCAACUAAAGGGAGCGGCUCUAGUACUUUCAAAGUUGUUUGGUUGCGCCAUUCCUGUUGUUCAGAUCGCAAUAGGGUCCGUGUAUCUGGAUGACUGUCCGGUGCAGCACUACAUCCCCAUCUACUUGAUCGUGUCGGGGGUUUUCGGCCUGAUGCUGGCGCUGUUCACCUGCAUUCCCUUUCCCAAGGAGCCCGAAGACAACGACACCGACGUGAUCGAUGUAGUCUGCAUCACAUGGAACUCGUUGUUGGCCUUCUUCCUCUUUAGCUGGUUCAUCGUCGGCAAUGUGUGGAUCUACUCUAUUUACCAGCCCGAAUACACAAAGAACUCAACAAACGUGGACGUUUACUGCGACAAGACGCUCUACCUGUUCUCCUUCUGGAUCACGACUCUAUUCUACAUCAUCUUCGGCUUUGUCCUGGUGGCCGGCUGCUGCCGUCUGGUCUGCGCCUAUCUGUGUUGCCCAGACGACGACGCCAACGCCAAUGCCAAUGUCAACGUCAACGUCAACACCAACGCCAACUCCAACGUCAACGUCAAAGCCAACGCCAAAGCCAACGCCAACGUCAACGCCAACGUCAACACCAACGUCAUCAUCAACGUCUAG